AUGGAAGUCCUUGCGGAGACAAUCGAGCGGUCAUUCAAGACCUGUGGCAUCGGCAACCGAGUAGACAGCGCAAAAGACCACCUCAUCUUAGCGCACAUGCAGGAUGCGGCACAGGUAGAGGUGCACGACGAUGCGCAUGCCGCUGGAGACAUAGAGGAGUGGAUCAACCCACUCUAUAUGACUGGCGCCCAGGAGGAGGAGGAGACUGGCGCCAUGUUAUCUGAUGAUGAGUAG